ACAAAUAGCCGGCAGAGAAGACGCAGAAUAGCAUUACAGCAAGCACAACUCACACGCACAGCAAAAGUAGGAGGGAAAAAAAUGGAGGCCAAGGUGAUGAAGGUCUUCGCCAUGCUGAUGCUCUUCUCCCUCUGCAACAGAGGCAGUGCGAAGUGCACCCUGUCGGACCUUCACGUGACCCAGACGGCGACGGGGAAGAACGCCGGAGGGAACCCGGAGUACGCCGUGGAGGUGGAGAACAAGUGCAUCUGCACACAGACGGACGUCAAGCUGCUUGCCCCUGGGUUCAAGUCCUCCGAGCCCGUGGACCCCCAGCUCUUCCGGCUUGACGCCGACGGCAAGCUCGGCACCCUCAACAACGCCUCCCCGGUGUACUACGGCUACAAGAUCAAGUUCAACUACGCGUCGGCCACCAAGUUCAGCCUCGCGCCCUUCUCCUCCGGCAUCGCAUGCUCUUGAUUGGGAGGAUUAGUUUUGUGUACGAUGAAUAAGUUUGUGUCGGUUGAUUGAUCAUAUAUAUACGUCUUUAAUUAAAUCCGCACAUGCAUGAUGCAUGAAACGUUGGUUUGAGAAUUGAUGCUUUUUGCCGAAAUUCGAGGGCGGAAAUAUCUUAUA